CCAAUGAUUUUUAGUUUCAGUUUGAUGGUUGCGUCUAAGCUUAGCAACAUGACGCCCACUUACCUAGUCGUUAAGUAAAAUUGGUUACCGGUUUCGAAUCUAUGGAUCAAUAUAACGCAGGGUACCACAGAGGAAGUUCGUUUGAAAUCGAGGCUUGUCGAGAAGGAAAUAUGGACACCGCUUACCUAAAACAAACCCUUGGUGACUCCCUAUCAAGAUGUCUGUCAGAGGUUUCUGAAAAAAGACCGAGAGAUCCUAUAGAAUAUAUUUCUCAGUGGCUCUACAAAUAUGUUGAAAAUCAAAACAACAUCACACAGAAAAAAGCUGAAGUGGAGGAGCUUGAACAACAGAGGAAGGAUUAUGAGCGUGAUCAGGUCCUGCGAGAAAAGAGACGGGAGGAGGCCAAGAGAAUAGCUGAGAAGGAAGCAGAGAAGAAAAGGUUAGAGGAAGAGCGUGCGAAGAAGGAGACAACAUCGCCCACCAAGCUCCCAGUGGUGAUGGAGGCACAGGAACCAUCAGAGGAAGCGAAGGCAGAGGCAGAAAGGGCUGCAGAACAGCAGGCAGCGGAAGAGAAGGCAGCGGCGGGUGGAGAGGAGACAGAGGGGACCAAGCCGCCAUCUGAGGAGCCCAAGCCAGAGGACCCACCCACACAGGAACCUGAAGGUCAGGAACCAGCCCCAGAUGCUGGCCAGGAACCAGCCACAGAGCCGCCCGCAGAGGAUGCCUCAUAGUUACUUCCCCUGCGUGUGAACUCUCCUCCAACCCCUGUGUCAUUUAUUUAAUUUUUUGUCAUUUAAAAUAUGCAUUCUAAAUUUAUAACUCAAUAAAUAUUGAAAUGAAAAACUGUAUAUGAAAACUUUAUUUAAGUAAAUUAUUUAUGCUCCAAUUUAUAACUGAAAUACAUUUGUAUUAUAAGCCAUCCAUGUGACUGUGAUUUUUGUUGUUUUUUUCAUUAUAGUUUUAUACAUUACAUAUGUUUGCAAGAUAACAUACUUGACAAUCAAAACUAGUUAAAACAGUAUUCUUAGAUUUAUACAAAAAUGUAGAUACCUCUUUUUACAUGUUUUAGUCAAUCAGCACUCAGUGUGGUUUUAAUUGUUGGUGCUUAUACAAUCAGAUGUUUUUUUUUCUUGCCAUGAAAUUCAUUCUGGUCAAAUUGUUAGGUAGGUUAAUCUAGAGUAGACUAAAUAAUUGAAUGUGCCAUCACAUUAAAGGCAUCCAAGCCCAAGUACAAAUUCUACAUUUUUGUAUUGAAAAAUCCCUAAUUCUUAGCUUGUUAUAUGGCAAAAACUUGGCAGAUUCCGAAUUUGAUUUUUGUAUUUUUGGAAUAUUUCAUACAUUCCAUUGCAAAGGAAUCGUUUUUGAUUGGAGUUGGCUGCCUUUAAGAGAUUUUACUAAUAAUAAACAAAAUCUUGAACUUAACCUUUUAAUGUUUAAACAAAAAUACUAUGUUAUAAUGUAAAAAUAACUUUCUCAAACAUUAAACCUAUUACUACGAUGUAAAUUUAUUUGAAAUGUUUAUUAUAGAAUGCAACUUUUUAUUCAGUUAAGUUAUACAUUUUUUGUUGAAAUUUCCUCCUUUAGAAUUACUACUGGGUAUGUCAUGUAAAAUGAUUAGAUUUUAUGGUUUUCUUGUUAGAUGAUGAUUUAUUUAAUGGUCAAAUGAAUAAUUGGUCUUGUCAAUUUUCUCUUGACAUGGAUAUGUUUUACAUGAAAAUGUUAAUCCUCAAUUCAUUUACGUAUUACUCCACAGUAAUCAAACAUUUGUUGAUUUUAAAAUGAUACUUAUUGAAUGAAAAAUAAACUGUUGU